AUGUUUGGGAAGUCACAUUCAGAAAGUGUUCUUGCUUCAACAGUGAUUGAACGGAACCUUCCCUGAUACUAAAAGCUCACUUCUAUUCUUCUAUUUUCUUUAAGAAUACCUCUACAGCAAGAUGAACUCUCAACUGCGCCAGAACUACAGCCAUGACUGCGAAGCCGCUAUUAAUCGCGUGGUCAAUCUGAAGAUGUAUGCAUCUUAUACCUACCUGUCCCUGGCAUAUUAUUUUGACCGUGACGAUGUGGCACUACAUCAUGUGUCUGAGUUCUUCAAGGAAUUGAGCCACGAAGAGCGAGAGCAUGCUGAGAAGUUCCUUAAGUACCAGAACAAGCGUGGGGGACGUGUUCUUCUUCAGGAGAUCAAGAAACCUGACCAGGACACUUGGGGAAGCACCCUGGAGGCCAUGCAGACGGCUCUGAAUCUGGAGAAGAAUGUUAAUCAGGCUCUACUGGAAUUGCACAAUGUGGCAACUGAUAGAAAAGAUGCCCAUUUAUGCGAUUUCAUGGAGUCUGAGCAUUUGAGGGAACAUGUGGAACACAUUAAGAAGAUUGGAGACCACAUUACCAACUUGAAGCGGCUGGGUGCCCCCCAGAAUGGCAUGGGCGAAUAUCUGUUUGAUAAACACAGUCUGUAGAAGAGCAGCUAAGGUUGUCACUGAGUGGACACAACCAGAGUACAUCGCAACAAAUCUAGAAGUAUCGCAAGAAUAAUAUCACUAGCCUUGUGCCCUUCUGUGUGGCAUGUAAUAUGUGUUGUGAGUCCAUUGGCAGCCCAGUUGAAAUAAAAUAGAGUCACAUCUUGAA